CACAUUCAAAUUUGAAAGUUGAAAAGUUUGAAACAACAAAAAGCGUUUAGUGUGGUGGCUGUCAGAGACAGGCCUGUGGUGCCAAAUGGCCCCUCCAUAGCUUUCACUCACCAAUAUUCAGGCGGUCACUCCUCCACCAGCUUUUCUAAAUUUGUAAAGUUUGGAAAACAGAAGGAAAGAGAUGGAGAGUGAGGAUAAGGUGAAGAGAGAAGGUCUUCCUUUGUACGGAGGCAAGUACAUACAGUAUAACAUUCUGGGUAACCUCUUUGAAGUCUCCGCCAAAUAUGUUCCUCCUAUUCACCCUGUCGGUCGCGGUGCAUACGGCAUCGUUUGCUGUGCAACAAACUCUGAGACAAAAGAAGAGGUUGCAAUCAAGAAGAUUGGGAAUGCAUUUGACAAUAGGAUCGAUGCCAAGAGGACGCUUCGAGAGAUCAAGCUUCUUUGCCAUAUGGAUCAUGACAAUAUUGUCAAAAUUAAGGACAUCAUAAGGCCAGCAGAGAGGGAAAAGUUCAAUGAUGUUUACAUUGUAUAUGAACUAAUGGAUACUGACUUGAAUCAUAUAAUACACUCCAGCCAGGCUUUGACAGAUGAUCACUGUCAGUACUUCUUGUAUCAAUUGCUGCGGGGAUUGAAGUACAUACACUCUGCAAAUGUUUUGCACCGCGAUCUGAAACCGAGCAACCUGCUUCUCAAUGCAAAUUGUGACCUUAAGAUUUGUGACUUUGGGCUUGCUAGAACUACAUCAGAGACAGAUUUCAUGACAGAAUAUGUUGUAACUCGUUGGUAUCGAGCCCCUGAGUUACUGCUCAACUGUUCAGAAUACACUGCAGCCAUUGAUAUUUGGUCAGUAGGUUGCAUUUUCAUGGAGAUUAUUAGGAGGGAACCACUAUUUCCCGGUAAAGACUAUGUUCAACAGCUGAGUCUCAUAACUGAGCUACUAGGUUCACCAGACGAUUCAGAUCUUGAAUUUUUAAGAAGUGAUAAUGCUAGGAAGUAUGUUAAGCAGCUCCCACAUGUCCCAAAGCAACCCUUUGUGCAGAAGUUCCCAAAUGUCUCGCCAAUGGCAAUUGAUCUUGCAGAAAAAAUGUUAGUUUUUGAUCCAAGCAAGCGUAUAACUGUUGAGGAAGCACUGAAUCAUCCAUUUUUAUCAAGUCUUCAUGAGAUCAAUGAGGAGCCCGUUUGCCCAUCUCCUUUCGUCUUUGAUUUCGAGCAGGCAACCCUGGAUGAAGAAGAUAUAAAGGAGCUCGUAUGGAGGGAGUCUCUACACUUCAACCCGGAUGAUAUGUUGGGAUAAUUUUUGUCAGCAGCGAUCUAAUUUCUGUUUCUGUUUUUUUUUUUCACUGCUACCACUGGCAUCAUGUAAAAGGAUGCUUUUGGUUUCGAAAGGUUGGUAAUUAUCAUAUGCGAGGAGAUUCCAUAUAAGAAGAUCAACUAGGGAGAUGGCGUUUUCCGGCGUGUUGUGUGGAUGAAAUGCCAGCUUCAUAACAAGAGUGGUAGUGUUGGUGUGUAUAAAAAGAAGGCUUUGUUCUCCUGGCCUUGUUUGGAUUUUGAUGUGUUUUGUAUAUUGUAAAUCCAUUAUGAUUCAAAACCAAAUAAAAAUAAGAAUAUUACCGAGAAGACAGCACAAAGUGAUUAUUCUCCUCUGCA